AUGGAGCGUUCGUAUCCAAAUGAGCAGGACUUGGUGAUGAAUGUGCAGGGGAAGGAGCAAAAGAUUGGUGUCCCAGUUUCGGAGGUCACCCUGAAAGUACACAUCAGCGACGCCAGCACCCAUCAGCCCGUGGCGGAUGCGCUCAUUGAGAUCUUCACCAACCAGGUCUCCAUUGCCUCUGGCACCUCAGGAGCUGAUGGUGUCGCCUUUAUCAAGUUCCAGUAUAAACUGGGCAGCCAGUUGAUCGUCACAGCCUCGAAGCAUGCCUAUGUGCCAAACUCCGCCCCAUGGAAGCCGAUCCGGCUGCCUGUAUUUUCUUCUCUGAGUCUUGGCCUGCUUCCAGAACGAUCUGCGACUCUAAUGGUUUAUGAAGAUAUUGUCCAGAUAGUAUCAGGAUUCCAAGGAAACAGCACCAGGCAUGACCUGACCCCAGUUACAGCCGUCAGCGUCCACUUGCUCAGCAGUAAUGGAACGCCAGUGCUGGUGGAUGGUCCCAUCUAUGUCACCGUGCCCCUGGCCACCCAGAGCAGCCUGAGGCACAAUGCCUAUGUCGCAGCAUGGCGGUUUGACCAGAAGCUGGGUAAGCAAGAGUCCCGUGCUGCCGAUCGGCUACCAGUUGACUUUGUGACUGUGUGA